UGAUCAGGUUUCUAGAACUACAAUAAUAGUGCCCGAGAGUGAAGAGCCCUAAUCCCCAAAACUAUAACCCACUCCCAAUUUUCUGUUUUACGACAACAAUCGAUCAAUCAACGAUAUGAGAUUUUGAUCAAGUUCCAGAUGAGCUUAACAGCAGACUCACCUGUGCACUCUCCAAGCACAAGUGGCGAGGAUUUUGCUGCAUUUCUUGAUGCAGAGUUGGAUUCUGCCUCUGAUGCAUCACCUCAUCCAGAAGAAGCAGAGGAGGAAGUAGUAGAAGAAGAAGAAGCAGAAAACAAAGGUGGCGACACUGACGACUAUGACUUAGACUCUGAGAAGAUUAAAAGGCGCAAGGUUGAGAUUCUUGAGAGCUCAUUAGAUGUAGAAGCUAUGACGUCCCAGGAAGUUGAGAUACAAACUUCAGGAGCAUCUUCGGAUAAGGAUGUUUGUUCACAUCCUGGUGUGAUUGGUGGGUUAUGUAUACGGUGUGGGCUGAAGAUGGAUGAUGAGUCUGGUGUUGCAUUCAGCUACAUACACAAGAAUCUAAGGCUGGCUAAUGACGAGAUUGCUCGAUUACGUGAUAAAGACUUGAAGAACCUGCUUCGCAAGAAAAAACUUUACUUGGUUCUUGAUUUAGAUCACACACUGCUGAACUCAAGUCGGUUUUUAGACCUUACAGUAGAUGAGGGUUACUUGAAGGGCUCCAGAGAUGAUCUAUCUGAUGCUUUGAAGAACAGCUUAUACAAACUAGACUAUAUGCAUAUGAUGACCAAGUUAAGGCCCUUCGUCCAUAGUUUCUUGAAAGAAGCAAGCGACUUGUUUGAGAUGUACAUAUACACAAUGGGUGAACGUGCAUAUGCAUUGCAAAUGGCAAAAUUGCUUGACCCUGGUGUUUAUUUCAACUCCAGAGUGAUUGCACAAGGAGAUUGCACACAGAGACACCAGAAAGGUCUUGAUAUUGUUUUGGGGCAAGAAAGUGCUGUCUUAAUACUUGAUGACACGGAAGCGGUCUGGGGAAAACACAAGGAGAAUUUGAUAUUGAUGGAAAGAUAUCAUUUUUUUGCUUCAAGUUGUCGUCAAUUUGGCUUCGGUUCAAAAUCACUCUCUGAGCGUAAAACUGAUGAAAGUGAAAGUGAAGGAGCCCUUGCUACGGUUCUUAGAGUUCUUCAGCAGAUACAUUCUACCUUUUUUGACACGGAACAUAGUGCAAGUCUUGUUGAUCGAGAUGUGAGGCAGGUGCUAAUAACAGUUAGGAAGGAAGUUUUGAAGGGUUGCAAGGUUGUAUUUACUCGCGUUUUCCCCACACAGUUUCAGGGUGAAAAUCAUCACCUAUGGAAAAUGGCAGAGCGGUUGGGAGCUAUAUGUUCAUCUGAAGUUGACCCGUCAGUAACACAUGUCGUCUCUUUGGAUCCGGGAACAGAGAAAUCCAUUUGGGCAGUGCAGGAGGGAAAAUAUUUGGUCCAUCCAAGGUGGAUUGAAGCUGCGAACUAUUUGUAAAAACAACCUGAAGAGAGCUAUCCUGUUAGUAAUCCAAAGAACCAGUGAUCCAAAUUCUCCUUGAGCUAACCCAUAGUUGAUUUUUCGUGAAUCUUAGUACAUAGAGUUGAAGUCAAUAAGAUUUUGGGGCUAAUGCCUUAAUUCUUGCCUGACUCUGUUGUUCUCAAAUUAGUAUAGGGUACAAGGUUUGUUUUAGUUCAACGAAUUUAGAGGGCGUCAAUUUGCAUUCCUAGGUAUGACUACAUGAUGAGGUUGUUGUAUUUUAAUAGGUUGAAAGUGAGGGGCAGCAAAUUUUAUCCUUAGAUCGGAAAUGUAAAUAGCAGUUAAAACUGGAUUGAAGGUGAUACAAUCGACUGUGAUGUGAGCAAAGAACACGACAAAACUGAUGACCCAUUGAGGGUUCAUGCUGCAAUUGUAGGGUUCGAAUAUUACUUGGUAAAUUUGAAGUAGUCUGAAACCAGUUUGAAGAAUGGCAAGGUUUAGAGGAGUUUAGAUCACAGUGUCCUUUAUGCCUUUUUAUUUCAAUGCAUAUUGACUGACACAGUGUCUGGUUUUGUGGGGUUCAUGUUUACUUCCAGGUUUUAUAUAUACCUCUGGGGUGAUGGAGGACCAUAUAUAGACAUAUGAACAAUCAGCUCUGUUAAUGCAGAAAGCAGCUUCGUUCCCUUUGCAUGAUC